GCGGGCUUAUCCACCCAAAAAAAAACACAAAACCCCAGCGAGUAGCCGAGAGAACGCCACCGUCAUCGUCCCCCCAAUCCCAAUGGCCUCCGCCUCUCUCUCCAUGCUGGCCUCCAGCCCCCAUGCCGCUUCCCCCCUUGCAUCCCCGGCUUCUCCCACUCCUCGCAUCUCCCAAACCUUAGCCGUUCCCAAGAGCUUCAUCGGCCUCCGCAGGAGCUUCACUCCUCGCUCUUCUCGCAUUGGUUCAGCUCCUGGAUCGUCGAGGAGGAGCUUUGUUGUGAAUGCUAGUCAGCUGCCUCUUGUGGGAAACACUGCGCCGGAUUUUGAGGCUGAAGCCGUUUUCGACCAGGAAUUUAUCAAUGUGAAACUUUCUGAUUAUAUUGGGAAGAAGUAUGUGAUUCUGUUCUUCUAUCCACUGGAUUUCACAUUUGUCUGCCCGACUGAGAUCACUGCCUUUAGUGACAGAUAUUCAGAUUUUGAGAAAUUGAACACAGAAAUUUUGGGUGUUUCAAUUGACAGUGUGUUCUCCCACCUAGCAUGGAUUCAGACAGAGAGGAAGUCUGGAGGGCUUGGAGAUUUAAAAUACCCUUUGGUGUCCGAUGUGACAAAGUCAAUUUCAAAAUCCUACAAUGUGUUGAUUCUUGAUCAGGGGAUUGCAUUGCGAGGACUGUUUAUCAUUGACAAGGAGGGGAUCAUCCAACAUUCAACCAUUAAUAAUCUCGCCAUUGGCCGAAGUGUGGAUGAAACGCUAAGGACCCUCCAGGCAUUGCAAUAUGUUAAAGAGAAUCCAGAUGAAGUCUGUCCAGCAGGAUGGAAGCCUGGGGAGAAGUCCAUGAAGCCGGAUCCGAAACUCAGCAAGGAAUAUUUUAAAGCUAUCUAGAUUUUUUUUUUUUUUUUUUUUUUUUUUUUUCUUUCAUCCUGUAGAAAUGUAUCCUGAGGUUGUGAUUUUUCUAUUAAUUCCCUGUUUUUCUUGAAUAAAAUGCAGAAUGAUCAUGAUAUUCUGCUGCCUCUUGUUGUAUUUCUCAUAAAUCUGUGUUCUUUCAAAUACUGAUGUUUCUGAUUGGUGUAUAUCAUACUGUUCUUUCUCUUGA